CGGAGUUCUGAAAAUGCCUUUAUGGGUAAGUAGUGAAAUGAGUGUUUUCAAACUACAUAUCAUUACACUUUUAUUUGAGAAUCAGAUACGGGCCAAUAUUAUUGCGUUUACCUGCAUUCAUAGAUAACAUUUCAAUAAUUAAGCUAAUCUGGACAAAUAAGAGGAAAUUUUUAAGCAGAUACAGAUAGUGACGCACGUUUCGUCAUACUCGGGACUCGUCAGCUGGAUGUGCCUAGGUCCCGGAGUUGGUGUGCAUUGUGGGACUCGAACUUGGUACCGUUCGUUUCAAAAACACCAUCGCAUUAUCCACUUAGUUACUGAAUCGAGAAAUUGGGUGGUUUUUAAUUCAUAUAUAUUAGCCGUUUGAAUCUUCUCAUCGAUAAUGAAAGCUGCAAUUGAUUAGUCUCUUUUGGCAACCUGUGUGGAUUACCUCGAUAUUACCAUUAAGUCAAAAACAUUUUUAUGCGGAGAUGGAUCAAAUGAUUAGUAUUAAAAUCAAUUCUAGAAAAUCCUGUUAUUUCCAAUUUCUGAGUGAUUUUAACUCACUACUAUUAUCUUCUGUAACUUGAAUUUAAAUUUAUGAAACAAUCAGUUUUUCCAAGUAUUUUUGAGAAAUAUGUUUCCGAAUUUUGAAAUAAAACGCUUAAACAGAAGAUACAAUUUUAUAUUUUUUUAUUAGAGAGUACUGAGUACGUCUCACAUAGAAAUGUGAAAACUAUAGCCUUCAAAUCCACUGUGAUCCCCGAUCAAAUUCCAUAGAGCUCGAGUGAUCACUCUGAAAUAAGCAUAGAAGCACCCAGAAAAUAUAUAAUUUUAGGUUGCGGCAACAAGUCACUUUAUAUCAGGGUUUAAGAGAAUAAUAUUUGAAAACAAAUUCAAUCUGUUGUAUAAGCAGCGUAAGGAACGUAACUAUGUUCAAUUCCCAGCUUUAAGCAGAGAGCACAGUGUCUCGAAAAUCUUCUCAAAUAUAAAGUUACCAGAUUUCGGAGUUGAAAAUUUACUUUCAUGACGUUUUGAUAAUUAUGAUACGUUCAAAUAAUUUACUUUGUUGACUGCUCUACUUUCUUUUGUUAUUUCGCCGGCUGUUCACGAACUUCAGAUGCAACAAGUAGAUCAACAUGCUAAUAACACUGAAUUCUGUCCGUCAUUGACGAAGGAUUAGUUUGCACUCGUUCGAUUUUGGUGGAUUAAAUUACACUUGUGAACAAGCGUUUCAUGUAAUAACUUCGAUAACUCAAUAUUUUUUGGGUCGCAAUUUACAAGUAAAAUAAAUUCUAAUCACUAAAAACUCAUGAAAAACUGUUUCCAGUUGCACUCAUAUUAUUGUGAUAGUGACAUCGUUAACGAUGGUGUUUGCAUAAGUAAAAUUGGUUUCAAUAAAAUAUGGUCUAUCCCAGUAUCUUAAUUAAAAACAUGUUGAUAUUUUAUAUAUCCGACUUAUCUGAUGUUCAUGUGGCCAUUUAUAAAAAAUAUCCACCCACUUCAGCUUCGAAUUCAAGACUUGAUUUACUUUCUAAAAAAACUAUAGAAUAAAAUGUAUGUAACAUAUCAUAUUCUUACUAAAAUAUGUUAUUUUCAUUUUAAUAAGUGUUAAACACAUAUUUUCGAACAUUUUGUCAUCAGUUAAUCUCUUUGUUAAGAAAAUCAUCGGUUAUUUUAUGCACUUAUUUCUCGAUUUGUCUUUAUCUCAAUAUUACGACUUGUGAAUUCUACCUCUCAUAUGUGGGUAAGUUACUAUCCAAGUUAAAUGUUAUGCAACAUAGUUUUAAGUACCAUUUUUUUCAUUCCAUUUUAAUUAUUAAUCAUGGGCGGAUCCUCUCAAUAUUCCAGAGGCAAAUCUAUCUAAAAGCUGUCGGUUGAAUCAAUCCAUACAACUAAUAAACAAAUAGUUAUUUUUUCACAAUUUUACCCUUACAUUUAAAAUAAUCUUAUUCUAUGCUAUCUAAUAGUACUGUCCACAUUCACGUGAUAAGAAAGUUUGUCCACUUAAAAUUCUUUGCCAUACAACUGAACCAGUCAAGAUGUACACUAACAAUUUGGUUGACCUUGGUCAUUUGACCAAUCAGAAGACGAACCAUCCGCCUCCGUAAUUAUAUAAACCAAUAUACUACAAAUGACUUGAGAAUUUGGACGUGCUCUUCUCUGGUUUUUCGUGCUGAUUUGAGGACUAUGCCUUUUACGCCAGCAAAAGUAGAGAAGUGUGUACGUUGUGACAAAUCGGUUUACGCUGCUGAAAGGAUGGAAGCCGGUGGGAAUAUCUGGCACAAGCGUUGUUUUUGUUGUUCAAAAUGUGAUAUGCUACUGAAUUUAAACAAUUAUAAUCAAAGUGAUCGAAUUCUGUAUUGUAAAAAGCAUUAUCAAGAAGAGGUUUUGGCUAAAAAUACCCAAACUCCAAUCUAAUGUUCUAAAGUAAAAAGAAAAUGGACAAAUAUACCUAUCUAUACUCUUUACCCUUCUUAUUACAGCUAAAAAUAAUAAUUGAAUCAUGAAAUAAUUUUGGCAAGAUCUUUAUUAUUAUUAUUAUUACUAGUAGUAGUAGUAGUAUGUUGUAACCGAUUGUAUACCUAAAUGUAUAUCUGUUAGAUAUAUAACUUUUAGUCAUUUAUCUUAAAGUGGAAAAUUUUCUAUUUUUUUUCUUUAUGAGUGUGUAACUAUUCCAUUUUUUUCUGUUUCACUUUUUCAUAAAUGUAACCUUUUCCAUCGAUAUUUUAGUUUCUUAUGAAUCUUUUAUUUUCUGCUCUUUUAAAUUCAAUUCUCUUUGAUAUUUCUUUAUCAUUAGUAUAAUCAUUUCUUGAAAAAAGUUUAUCAUUUCCCUGUUUUAUAUAACUUUUCAUGGUCAUAUAAUCGCUUUCAUUGAACAAAAUAGAGUUUUCCACAC